GAGCAUCAUCCUUUACAGUUCCCCCCCACACACCCGCCCCGCUUUUCAAUCACCUACACCAACAGACAGCACCUACCGCCAUCUCAACUACCGAAAUGGCCACAAUCCCUCGUCCAAAAACUCCCAUCGACGAAACCCUCUGGCGGGACCAGGUCUGGUACCGUCAAUGGGGUCCCAUAACUGAAGUCACGGCAAUGGACUACUUCCGUAUGUCUACUUUCUUCGACCACACCAGCAACAACGGCACACUCUUCCAGCAGAUGCAAUUCAACCCGCAAUUUCGCGAGGAGCUGCGAACCCCCGAACUGUUCAACCGACGGCUGGCGACAAUGACGGGAGUGGAGUACAUGCUUGCUACGGGGAGUGUGGAGAGCGGUGUAUGGGUUAUUCGGAAGCAGCUGAGGAAGAGCCCCAGAUACGAUGACAACGUACGGGGGGAUGAUAUCACAGUGUUAGCGGCCUAUUAUAUCGUUGGGGAGAAUAUAUACCAAGCGCCGAGUAUUGGAGCGGUGCUUCAGAAUCGAAUGGUUGGUUUCUGCCCCGCCCGGUCCUGCCUUACCUGACCUUGCCUCGCGCUCGCUCGGAAGAAAGCAGAACUAACUUGGAUGAAAUACAACAGUUAGCGACUAUAUCCGCCCUCCGCUCCGCCCUCACUGUCGCAACAAACCUCUCCUCCUUCGUACCAACAACCUCAACCAAUUCAACCUUCUCCUCGCAGGCUCCACAAACCACCACCGGCGUCGCCACAUCAUCCCAACAAUCUAUAUCAGCAUCCCAACCCCCUCCCUCUACACAAUCCUCCACAGCCACUUCAACCUCCUCACCACCACUCGCUUCAUCCUCCUACGCCACUGACCCCCGCCUACUCGCACAGGCACUAAAAUUGUCACUAAAACAUCACAACGAGUACAUGGAUGACCACGCUCCACUGCUGGGUGACCCGGCUAGCUUCUUGCAGUCGCAGCCAGGCUCGCAAAGGGGUAGUACGCCGAAUUCACAGGUAGAUGUCACGGCGAAGAAGCAAGCUACAGCGGUAGCGGCAGCCGCGAAGAAGGCGGGGGUACAACAGCAACAGCAACAGCAACAACAGCAGCAGCAGCAACAGCAAGGGGUAACUCAGGGACAGGCGAAGAAAAAGGGUAAGGGGUUAGGGCCGUAGGGGCUGUGGUUGUGAAUUUGUGUGCGCAUGCGUGUGUUUGGCGUUGGAAUUUUGAGUAAUUUCAUGGGACCACAGUUGUUAGUUUUGAGGGUCUCCAGGCUUCGGUCUGUACGAUAUAUGGCGCUCUUAAUACUCGACUUUAUACCAUCACAUUUUGUAUACGGAGCGAGAGUCGCUAUCCCCUGCAGCCCAGGUCCGUGGCUGAUAGCGCAAAAACGGUUCUUAUCGCGGGAGCACAAGAAAACUAUCAAGCACAGUGAUUCAAGACUCGAGGCACUAA